UUACUUCCUGGUUGUGCGUUUUCUAACAUAAAGGUGUGUCGAAGCUCUCUCCAUUAUUUUGCUGCUUCGGGUUCAACAGCUUACGAACUUACUAACUUCAUUAACUUAAUUACCAGAAGACAGCAAUUCGGAACAUAAAGAGAAAGAUAAAAUAAAGGACGUUUUUUCCAGAUGAAGAUAUGAGUGCUGAAAUCAGCACCAUCCCCACGUUACAGUUGUAUUUGGAUUCCCUUUGGUCAUCCAGCGUAGGAUCUCAUAACUCUGACAUAAACGCCACCAACGCAUGGGUAACGGCAACUACGCCUCUGUACAACCCUCCCGUUUUCUGUGACAAUAGAAUGGACCCGGCUCAGCCCAGCCCGACUCCAGAUGAAUCCUCAGAACUGGGGUCAGAGUUUCAGACCCAGCUCGACCUGUUCCUCAAGCUGGGGUUUUCCCAAACGCAGGUCCGCGCUGCUUUACUGAAAUUAGGCCUCAACGCAGACACCAACAGGGUUCUGGGAGAGCUGAUACAGGCUGCUGGGGAAUCUGAAGAGAGAGAGGAACCUACAGCCUCCCCGGUGCUGGUUCCACGUGGGGAUGGUUCCAAUAAGGUCCGAAGCUCCCAAAAUCACAGUGCUCCGGCAGUGUCGAGUGCUCCAGAAGAGCUGGUAGAGGAUGAGGAUGCACUCAGACCUAUAGUCAUUGAUGGGUCUAAUGUAGCCAUGAGCCACGGGAACAAGGAAGUUUUUUCCUGUCUGGGAAUUCAGUUGGCAGUGAACUUUUUCCUGGAGCGGGGUCACGUUGACAUCACAGUGUUUGUGCCUUCCUGGAGAAAAGAACAGCCGCGACCUGAUGUUCCCAUUACAGAUCAGCACAUUCUGCGGGAAUUGGAACGGAGGAAGCUCUUGGUGUUCACACCGUCCAGAAGGGUUGCCGGAAAACGGGUGGUUUGCUAUGACGACCGUUUUAUCGUGAAGCUGGCGUACGAAUCCGACGGCAUCAUUGUAUCCAAUGACACUUACCGAGAUCUGCAAGGAGAACGUCCUGAGUGGAAGCGUUUCAUAGAGGAGAGGCUUCUGAUGUACUCGUUCGUCAAUGACAAGUUUAUGCCUCCAGAUGACCCUUUGGGAAGACAUGGACCCACCCUUGACAACUUUCUGAGAAAAACCCCACGUAUGCCUAAGAAACAGCCCUGUCCUUACGGAAAGAAGUGCACUUACGGAAUCAAGUGUAAGUUCCAUCAUCCGGAGCGAACCAAGCAAUCCCAGCGCGCCCUGGCCGAUGAGCUCCGAGAGAAAGCCAAAAAUUCAUCCACACCGCACAAACCUCAGCCGCUUUCCAGUCAGACUCUGUCUCUGGAGGAAGUUAUGGAACAGAAAUUAUCCCUCGACAUGUGCGGAUCUCUCAAGAAGAGUUCCGCCAGUGAAAAUGUCCUUGUCGUAAAAGGAGUCCCCCAGCCAACGCAAAAGAAGUUUCCUUCGAAAAAAGAACGUCGGCAUUCGCCAACAAGCCUGGAUUCUUUUCCCUACGGAUCUCAAGAGUGUAUGGAUUCUGGCUUGGGUUCCUACGAAUGUCAUUCUCAUGAAGCUCCGCAUUGCGAUCGCUACUGCGACCACAGGAAGUCCAAACCAUCCAGCAAUGGGCGGCAUCGCUACGUUCCAGCCAAUAGCCAACCCUGCAGUUGCUGUUCCCACCAAUCCCUGAGUGCCGGUCACCACCACAGCGGCUCAUCAAACGCGGGUUACGGUCAAACACGCUAUCACUCCUACGGCGGAGGUCCAAUUUACCCUCCUGUCAACAUGUCCCAGUAUUCAUUUCCACACAGCAGAGGGCCUCCUCCCCACCAGGGCUACUGGUCCGACCAUUAUGGUGGCUAUCCUCCAACAUCCCACAGUGCCAUGCAGUCAGAGAGGGCGCAUGGACACUGGUCCCCUUCCAAUCACAAUCCUCAGUGGUCCGAACGGGAGCAGGUGAGGAAGAAAUUACUCGCAAUUUUCAAUGCACGUUUGGUGGACAGGGCCAUGGACAUGUUCCCAUAUCUCCUGGACCCACAAAGACUGGCAGCAGAGAUUUUGACCCUUCAGUCUCAGGAUGGGGCUUUAUGAUUUUUGUUGAAGGACUACAUAACGAAACAAAGAUUCAGGCACUGAGUGCUUUACACCAAGAUCUCAACCUCAGCUACAACAAGUGAUUUUGUCAUAGUCUGUCAUGUAAUGCAGUGUAGCUCCGCUCACCGUGAAAUAUCAUUGGUCCACAGUCCCACUUUACAUCAGAUAUAUUCUGAUUGGCUGUUUUUGUUAAGUCAUGCAACGUUUUGCUUACCUGAAAAUUACCUGACUAUCAAAAAAUUGUUAUGCCGUUCCUGGUCAGGACAUGUUUUGAAAUCAAAUAGACACAUAGACAUGUCUACACCGCUUCAUGGAUAAUUAAUUUGUUAUGAAAUGUACUCCAUUCAAGCCAAGAUUUAUUUCUGAUGUAUUUUAAUAUUGUUAUUUGGCAUAGAACUAUGGCGAAUUCACUAUUGGUUGUAUUAACCAACAGGGUGUUUCCCUUUUGCUGUGGUUCUCAGGAUCAGCCUUGUCAUUAUUUUCACAAAAAAAUAUUGGAUGAUGGCAUGACGUUUUUUUGUGUGUGUUUGAAGUGUUAUUAUUUGUGGUUCUGCAUGGUCCGCUGUACCGUGUAGGUUGAACGUGUUGGCACCGUGUGCCGUAACUGACAAUUGUUAAGCAGAACUACCAAAAAGGUAGAAGAGUACGCACCCUUUGGUGUAUUUUCCCAUUUUAAUAAGUACUAACUUAUAAAAUGUCCUAAAGCAUGCAAUCGUCACAAGUUCUCAAGGUAAAUGCCAAAAGCGUGGAACAUGCACAAAUACAACUGUCAUGAAACUUUUGGUGCCUCUGUAGUUUGUAUUGAAGCUGUUUAUAUUUUAAAAAGGGAGUCUGCAAUAUUGAGUAGGCAAUAUUUUGCCAUCGUUUCAUUUAGCGGCACAUAAGAUCUUAAUGUUCUCUUGGAUCAUUUAAGUAUGUCUUUGCUUUUUAUUCUGUAUCUCAUAUUAUGAUAAUAAAUGCCAUAUUUAUGUACACA